GUAAUGCCUCAGGGCCACCUGUUUCUGACGUUUACUUGGUUCAUUUAAAAAGUCUGAGGCUAGGAGAUAUCGUCAUUGGCACAUUGUGAAACUCCUAGUAUUACGUAGGAUUAGCUAAGCAGCGUGAUCGGUAACAUUAGUUCUUUUUCAGAUUAGCGAAAUCUGCUAAAAUAAUUGUGCAUUAGUAUAUACUACUUAACCAAUAAAGCAGUCAAGAUGGUGUCACGAAGUUUGUUGAUUAGUACCGGAAACAUUUUGUCAUUUAACGAAGUUAAGAAGAAAGCAGGACAAAAUCCAACGGACGAGCUACUUGAAUCAUUGAGAAUCGUAUUGAAAGAUUCUCAAAGUAAGGAUGAUGCUUCAACCGUAUUGCAGGUAAAUAGAAAGGAGAUGCACGAAACAGAUGUGGAUAGAAAGGAAUUAAAAAUUACUGUAAAGAUUUUCAUUUCUUCUCCGAAAGCUGAUUCAUUGAAGGACUCGUUAGAACAAGUUUUUCAUACGUUACAUACCGAUACAAUAGAAUCCUUGAUAAUAGCUUAUGGCAAAGUAGAGCCUUCGGAGGACAUAUUAAAGUCACUCCAAAGUUUGUGGACUGUAUUGGAAGAAUAUGUAAAAGCUGGGAAACUUUCAAGCAUCGGUGUCAGUGACGUGGAUACAGAUGUUUUUAUUGAGCUGUUCCAGUGGGCAAAUGUGAAGCCUAAUAUUGUACAAAUAAAUUUAGCUACUUGUUGUGUUGUGCCACCAGCUUUGCAAGUUUUCACUAAGGAAAAUGAUGUACAGUUAUUAACACACAGCGAUCCAUGUCAGAUUUUAACGAAUGAUGCGCUGGACGAAUUUUUCGGGCCCGGCGUGAAUGUCCACUGGGUCGCUCGAUAUCAAGUUCACGUCAAGUGUCGGGGUGUACUCUCUUCAAAGGGAUACUUAGUGUACAUCAAUAAGCCAGCCUAGAAAUCAUGAUGGAAUAAAGUUUACUCGAUUCAAAUUUAUGGGUCUCAGGUUUUAUAAUAAUUAAGCUAAGUCCGUUAAAAUACGUAACAAUUUCUCUUUAACUGUAAAAAUCUAUCCUUCUUUGUGAAAUUGAUUCUUCUUCUUCUUCUUGAUCCUUUUUGGCUUUAUGCUCAAGAGAGCCAAGUGCUAGUAUGAAAAUGAUUCUUUUGAAAAUUUGAAACAUUACAAACAUUAUAAAAGUGUCUUGCGAAUGUCCUGAGUUCCUAUGAACACAUUAUGGACAUUGUAUACUUUUGGGUUUAUUAAUGUUUUACAUUAACAUUUUUUAAAGUCUACCAUAGCCAGCUAACAUAUUUCUAAAUUGUGAAAAAAUAUAUAUUAAUUCAACAAAGUGGAACACAAAGAAAUGUAAAAAAAUAUUUCAAUGAUUUCGUAUCAUUACUAUCCCUUCAGUAAGAAUUACUGUCAAUGUAUCUACUCUUAUUUUCUUUUUCACCCUUAUAAAAGAGUAAUAAAUAAUGUAAAAACGCUUUAUAUAUUCAGCCAUUUAUUUGCAUAAUACAACGCAAUUACUAAUUUA